GCUAUCAGCUGAUAGCUUCUCUUUUCCUGAAGUCAAUUGUCUCCAGUAGUCAAGUUAAAAGGCCUAGCUGGCACUUGCUUGCUAAGAAUGUCAGGAGUGCCUGUGUUGCAGAAAAUAAGUAGGCCUGUAAAUAUUGACAUUUUGGCUACGGAGGUGGUUGGUGUGUAUUUAGAGUUAUGUAUUAUGGUGGUACCGUUUUUUUAUUCUGAAGCGGCUCGGGAUAUUUUUGGGAAAACAUACCUCAAUCUAAAGAUGGAAGAUGUUGCUGUACCCCUAAUUAUACCAUUAUCCAAAAUGAUUGAAAUGUGGGCGUGGCAUGUAGUAAAAUGCUAAUGAAUGUUUCGCAUGGAAGUGUACCUUGUAGGAACUGCAGUCCGUAGAUAGACAUGGAAUUGACAGGUGUGAUUGAGUGAAKCCUGACCGAGCAGUCCUACAGUUCUGCUGCAUUUUUUAAAAUGUACUCAUCACACAGACCCCUACCAGUCAACAUGGAGGAUGAACUGAUGUUCAGUAUGGACGAGGUGGGCAGUGCCCAGCGUAACCCACUGCAACAGAGGACCCCUGAUCAACGGGCCCCAUCUCUUAGCAACGCUUACGAUAGCGACGAGGACGACUACUACAUCUGUCCAAUCACAGACGACCCUGUCAGCCAGGCCGAAGACAUCUGUGGCUAUUUAAAGAAUCUCGUCCACAGCAAACAGCCGUCUAACUCCCCCAAAAACUCKUUCUCUUACAAGAAUGAAACUCCACAACAACAGUCUGUCAGGUUUGGGGCGUUUUCUGACAAUGCACGGGCGGUGUGGAAAAGAGCCAUAGAGAAGGCCAGGGCCAUGCCUGACCCAUGGGCUGAGUUUCACCUGGAGGAAGUCAAGACAGAGCCAUGCAUACGAUACAGGUACAAUGCUAUCACGGCGGCGUGGUCUCAAGACACAGUGCACAUCAAGGUUUCUGGCCAGCCUUUUGGACGCGGGGCCAUGAGGGAAUGCUUCAGAACGAAGAAGCUCUCUAACUUCUCCCACAGUAGUAACUGGAAGUGUGCGUGUAACUAUGUGACGAAGCGCUACAUGGAGCCUGUGGACAGGGAUGUGUACUUUGAGGAUGUCAGGCUGCAGAUGGAGGCCAAACUCUGGGGAGAAGAGUACAACCGCCACAGGCCACCCAAACAGGUGGACAUCAUGCAGAUGUGUGUGAUUGAGAUGAUGGAGCGUCCAGGUAAACCUCUGUACCACCUGGAACACUACAUAGAGGGGAAGUACAUCAAAUACAACUCCAACUCUGGCUUCGUCAAGGAUGACAACAUCAGGCUCACUCCACAGGCAUUCAGUCACUUCUCGUUUGAACGUUCGGCCCACCAGCUGAUUGUGGUAGACAUCCAGGGGGUGGGGGACCUCUACACGGACCCUCAGAUCCACUCAGAGAGGGGGACAGACUUCGGAGACGGAAACCUGGGUGUGCGGGGAAUGGCACUGUUCUUCCACUCCCACCUGUGUAAUAAGAUAUGUAAGAGUAUGGGGCUCACACCCUUUGACCUCUCCACUGCAGAGAAAAGCCAGCUAGACUGCACCAACACACUGCUGAAGUCGGCCCAGACGGUACUGAGGGGUAGUGAGGAACAGUGUGGUUUCGCUCGUUUUCGUACUAUAUCAGGGGGCCGUGUGCCCCCACUUCUCUCCCACCUGUCGGAGACAUCGUCUGGGGACGACUCUAUGAGUGACAUAAGUGACUCCAUCCCCUGCUCGCCCCUCGCCUUCCCCGGCUCUCCACUAGGACAGCACUUCUCUAUGGGCUCCAUGGGCAGGUCUCCUCUGGGUUGGUCUUUCAUAAAUGAGAUGGAUGAACGGGAGAAACACAACCGCAGCCACAGCCCAGAACACAAGGACUCAGAGAAUGGAGGAGACAGUGGUUGUCCGAGUGAGAGGAGGAGUGAAGGGGACCCAACCGACCAUGCAGAUGGGGCCCGCCCCCACCGCUACAACAGAUACUACUCUGAGUCGGACGAGGACAGUGUGAGACGGAGAAAGGUUCCCAGCAGAUCUUCCCCAAACUUAAACUCUCCUGCCGUAAACACCCCCAACAGCCAACCGCUGACAGAUGAUAAAUGGAGUGUCUACCACUCGUCUCGUUCUCACGUCCACCGGCCAUCCUGUGUUGCUGUGGAGAUGGAGAGACUUGACUCGCUGAUCCUGGAGAGGAAGAUUGGCAAGUCCAUCCUGGGGAAGGUGCACCUGGCGAUGGUGCAUUACCACGAGGCUGGUCGGUUCUGUGACAAGGAGGAGCAGUGGGACCAGGACUCAGCCAUGUACCACCUGGAGACGGCAGCCAUGUGUGGGGAACUAGAGGCUAUCGUUGCCCUGGGACAGUGUUACCUACAGCUGCCACACCAUAUAUUGUCAGAGAUGGCGCUCGAGGACAACUCAGGGAGCCGUAUGAAGGGCUUUAAGUUCCUGCUGCAGGCUGCUGAGGCAGGACACAGAUCCUGCAUGGUCCUGGUGGCCAGGGCCUUCGACACCGGCAUCAACCUCUCACCAGACAGGUCCCAGGACUGGAAGGAGGCGAUGAGAUGGUACAACUGUGCCCUGAACAUGACAGACUAUGAUGAGGGGGGCGAGUUUGACGGCAUGCAGGACGAGCCUUGCUACCGGCUGCUGGCCAGAGAGGCUGAGAUGUACCAGGAGGGGGGCCACAGCCUGGACCCAGACCCACAGAGAGCAGGUGAUCUGUUCACAGAGGCAGCAGACGCAGCCAUGGAGGCGAUGAAGGGCCGACUGGCCAACCAGUACUAUAUGAAAGCAGAGGAGGCCUGGGGCAUGAUGGAGGAAGAGGAYUAGGAGACGGGCUGGCACUCUGCAAGGCCAAAGGAAUCGGCUAAAGCAGAAACAAGCUGGCACCCAGGAUAAUGUUGUGAUGGAUUUUCCUCCCUAAUGGUUUAAAGUUUACAGACACAUUUACUGUGUGAUUUCCAAAAUGCUGUGUAAUUGUUUGAUCUGUAUAUGACCUUUUAUGCAGCCGUCCUCCGGCCUAGCUAUCUUUCUUGGUGCUUCAGAGGGAAUUAUGUCUGGUCCUGGUCUUGUACAUUUUUCCCCUUUUCUAUUCCUGUCCCCAUUGCCCUUUGGACUAAUGAAUAUGGUUGCAUUUGAGGCAAUUUACCUAACUGAAAAUAAGCCAUUUCAAACAAGAAAAGUAAAUUUCCCCCAAAAAAUUGUGCUUGCUAGCGUAAAGGGAUAUUUUUAAUUUUUUUCAAUGAGGCCCUUCAUCUACUUCCCCAGAGUCAGAUGCACUUGUGUAUGCCAUUUUUAAGUCUUUGUGUCCAGUAAGAAGGAAGUUGGAGGUAGUUUUGUGUGCCAAUGCUAACUAGCAUUAGCACAAUGACAAAGUCUAUGGGUAWCUGCUAGCAUGCUAGUAGAUACCCAUAGACUUAGAGUCAUUGUGUUAAAGCUAGUUGUGUUAAUAUUUGUAGCUGAAAUUGUUACAGAUAAUUAGCAUUGGAAGUGUCUACCAUUGUGUUCUUACGGUUGGCAUUGAAUUCAUGAAGUUUCAUGAUAGUUUAUACAAAUUAAUUGAAGUUGGGAUAGCCUAAAUGUUUUAAAGUUGGUAUUGUAACUUAUUCCAUGGGUCUCAUUCAAACCCAUGUUAAUAUAUGGUAAUGUGAAAUGGUUAUAGUUUAAAAAAUCAGAAUGCAAGCACGCUAAGUUAUUUCAGUCUGGUUGGAGUUGAUAGCUAAGCAUCCCGACACUGUACAGCAUCCCUUUCUMAAGGCGUGCUUCUGGUCGGCUGGCCCUUAGCCAAACUCGGCUAGCCAAACUGAACGAGUGUGCUCACAUACUCCCUUAAAAUACAUUCGCUUGAAAAACAGAAAAAAAAAGCGCCAAUAGUACGGUUUGUCCAUUUUGAGAUGAAGUAGCAAGUAUACACUUCUUCWAAAUAGUCAGAAUUAAUCUAAGAUAACUCAAGAAAUGUCAUUAAUUUUGAUGUUUUUGCCUAGGAGAUCUUAGACCUGCAAUUUUACAUCUAACUAGGWUGUUUGGUGCAGUAUUAUUUUAUGAAAACGAGUCWUCUCUCGUUGAAUGACAGACGUUAUGGAAGAAUCCCUACUGUUGACCUACAGUAGACUUCGUUCGGCUCCAAACUUCGGCUUGCCUCCAGAAGGAAAUGUGUGCCCGAGUCAGAAACGUCACAAAAUGUCGUCAUAUGUGCACGAACUCUACCAAACUGUUUCGGCUGGAAAGUGUGCAGAGGCCUUUUUAAAAAUACGGUGACAAUUUUAGAAAUGAAACAGGCUGUUACUGCAAGUUCAGGUGAACACAAAACGACUCUCAAAUAUAAUGAAAAUGUCUAUACAUUUCAGCUAUUUCAAAAACAUUGCUCUGCUAUUAGUAUUUUUACUGUAUAAAUGUUGGGCUCAACGAGACAAUUCUGCUUACACUGCCCUGCUUCUGCUUAGAGGAGGGCAACGGUCGGCCGAGUGUCGUGCGCGACCUCCGGAGGUAGCYUUCGAGACGUGAGAAGUGCAAGUUUACAUUACGAUUAUGUCUCUCGAGAAUCCCUCAAUUCUCCWUAAUACUCGUCAAUGAGAAUAGACUCUUAAACGGUUCAAGAGGAGAUGCGUUUUGACUUUUAACUAAAAGGGCCAUUAACUCAAAGGUAAUGGCCCUUUUAUUGCCAUUAAAUGCAUUGGAGAUCAUGUAAAAAAAAAUAUAUAUAUAUAAAUAUAGUUCAAAAAGUAUAAAUGCUCUAAAAUGAAUACAAAUUCUCAAGCAAUCUAGGUUUGGGCUGGRUGUAUGUUUUUAAAGUUGGUUAUGAGUUCAUAACUUAAAUCAUUUAAGCUCUAGAGCGGGAGGAAGAAAUCCAAUCAUAAGAAUGCAUAUUACAUUUUAAGAAGUCUAGAGGGGUCGUGCCUUCAGCAAGCACAUUAAUUAAUGUUUGAUUCAUGAAAUAAACAUUUCAUCAAAUGUUUACUUUGUGUUGGUUUUGCCUAACACUUUUGUAAUAGAGGGCACUUGUUGCAUUGUUUGCAUACUUGUGUAUAUGAAUGCAUGGAAGUAGCUAUAUGUAAAUGUCUCUUGACUUUGGAAUAAAUAUAAUAUA